AUGUCAGAGAUUGCCCCGGCUGCAGCGCCGGCCGCCGCGGUCCCCGCCGCCAAGAAGCCGAAGAAGGCGGCGGGCGGUUCCAAAGCCCGCAAGCCGGCGGGCCCCAGCGUCACCGAGCUGAUCACCACAACUGUGUCCGCUUCUAAGGAGCGCAAGGGACUCUCUCUCGCCGCGCUCAAGAAGGCGCUGGCCGCCGGCGGCUACGAUGUGGAGAAGAACAACAGCCGUAUUAAGCUGGGGCUCAAGAGUCUCAUCAGCAAGGGCACCCUGGUGCAGACCAAAGGUAUUGGUGUGUCUGGGUCUUUCCGCCUCAGCAAGAAGCCAGGAGAAGUGAAGGAAAAAGCCCCCAGGAAGCGGGCAGCUGCAGCCAAGCCUAAGAAGCCAGCGGCCAAGAAGCCCGCCAGCGCUGCCAAGAAGCCCAAGAAGGCUGCGGCGGUGAAGAAGAGCCCCAAGAAGGCCAAGAAAGCUGCCAAGAGCCCCAAGAAGGUGACUAAGGCUGCCAAGCCUAAAAAGGCGGUGACAGCAGCGAAGAGCCCGGCCAAGCCCAAAGCAGCCAAGGUGAAGAAGGCGGCCAAGCCCAAGAGGAAGUAA